AUGGCGCCCAUCGAGACGCCCGACCUACCGGACGAUGCCUCGACGGGCGACACCUUCACCGUGCUGAAGCAGUCGCUGGAGCUCGACGUCAGCUUCUCCCCGCGCCGAGUGACGGGCAAGACGGUUCUCGACAUCCAGCCCAAGAAGUCGCAGUUGCGCGAAAUUGUGCUCAACUGUCGGCAGCUCAGACCGACGCGCAUCCGGGUUGAUGAGCAGGCGGCAGGCUACAGCUACUCGAACCUGCACGAGCGCCUCACUCUGUACCCAGGCACCGGCCUCGAGCAGUACCACUUUGCAAAGGACCGCAUAGCACGUCACGUGGAUCCCAACUCAUCAGCAGACGAGCUAGUUGUCUUUGUGCCCGACCGCGUCAAGAUACGAGAAGUGCGCCCAGAAGAGGUGGGCGAGCUGGAGAGUGCACAGGGCGUCUUCUACGCACCGCUAAAGCUGGAGAUUGAAUACGUCUUGGACGACUUCCGCGACGCACUCCACUUUGUCGGUGUCGAGGACGGAGACGGACGACUUCCUCACGCCUUUACACGCAGCUCGCCCUUUCCCGGCACAGCCUCGUGUUUGUUUCCCUGCAUAGACGACGGUACACGGAAAUGUCUCUUCGAUGUGGCUAUUCGUUAUCCGCGCACCCUUGGUGAUGCGCUCAGCAAAACACCAGCACCCGCUCAGGUAGACGCAGACACAGACACAGGCAGACAAGCCCCUCCAAAUGGGACAGACAAGGCAGACAGCGUCAUGACGGAUAUCGACGAUGAGCUGGCUGAUCUCUCUGCAGAGGAGAGGGCUAUGGAAAUGCAGGUCAUCUGUUCAGGCGCUCUUACGGACGACAUUGCGGAUCAUGUCGAUGCAUCCCGCAAGACAGCAAGCUUUACCUGCGAUACUCCGGUGCUGCCGCAGCACAUUGGCUUCGUCAUCGGUCCCUUCGAGCACGUUGAUCUCUCUGAAUAUCGCGAUACCGCCGAUGAUGAACGCUUAGGGUCCAACGCAGUCAAGGUGCAUGCUUUCUGCUUGCCAGGCAAAGAAGAUGAGGUCCGAAACAGUGCUAUGAUGCUUGCGCGAGCUCUUGACAGCUUCACCGAGCGCUUUCAGAGCUAUGCAUUUGGUAAUGGCUACAAGCUGGCUUUCGUGGACGAUCUGGACUGCGACACUGCUCACACUGCCUCGUUCUCCAUCUGUAGCACCCGUUUGCUCUUUCCGGAGACUGUGUGGGAGCCGCUAGAGCACACGACAAGGGUCUUGGUACAUGCUGUGGCUAGCCAGUGGAUAGGAGUCGAUGUUGUCGCGUAUAGUCCUUACGAUUACUGGAUCAUAGUUGGCGGCUCCUGGUUCAUGACCGAGCUGUAUCUUCGCGAGCUGUUUGGUCGAAACGAUUGGCGAUUCCGACAGAAGCAAAUGGUCGACAAGAUCAUUGCAAUGGACCACGAACGACCCAGUCUCAUCGAACUUGGACCGCUUCUGCAGCUCCAUCCUGCCCAGCAGGAAUUCAUGGAAGUAAAGGCGCUGCUGGUGCUUUCUGUCCUGCAUAACCGUCUUGUCAAACAAAGCGGCAAGAAUGGCGUCGACAGGUGUCUGUACCGCAUGCUGUUCAAUGCGCGACAGGGAAAGUACGACAAUGGUGCAAUUGCCACCGAUGACUUCCUCGACAUUUGUGAGAAGGUUGGCCAUCAGAAGCUUGAAACGUUCUUCAAGCAGUGGAUAGAGGGUUCCGGCUUCCCUACCUUCACCUGCGAUCAGCAGUUCAACAAGAAGAAGCAAGUCGUCGUACUUACUAUUCAACAAGAGCAAAACGUCCUGGCUGUCGGAAGUACGCUCUCUCCAGAUGAGUUCAUGCGGAAAACCAAAGAGAGCAUGCACAACUUGGCCCCAACGCAGAAUUGGCCGGUGUUCUUGGGACCUAUGACUAUCCGCAUACACGAAGCUGACGGUACACCCUAUGAGCAUAUUGUCGAGAUCAAUGCAUCAAAAGUCAAAGUGGAGAUCCCAUACAAUACCAAGUACAAGCGGCUGAAGAGGAAUCGACUCAACAAGGAGCGAAUGGCUGCCGCUGCCGGCUUAGAUGCUUCAGGCGAUGCACAGGAAGAUGUUACAUUCUAUAUGUUGGGCGACGUAUUUGCAUCACCCGAAGAACAAGAAGAGUGGAGACUCGGGGACUGGCCGGCUGAAGUCGAGCGUCUUCAGGAAGGAGAAGCCUACGAAUGGAUCCGUAUUGACGCAGACUUUGAGUGGAUUUGCAAAGCCAAAGUACAGAUGCCCAGUUACAUGUAUGUGUCGCAGUUGCAACAGGAUAAGGACGUUGUUGCACAAGCCGAGUCCAUACAAUUCCUGGCCACAAAGGAAGACAAGCUCAUAUCGACUUUCCUCGUCAAGACUCUCAUGGACAAUCGAUAUUUUCACGGCAUACGGACCAUGGCUGCGGACGUCUUGGCUCAGAGUGCUAAACACAGUUUAGACUGGAUAGGUCUUUUCCAUCUAAAGAAAGCAUUUCAGGAUCUCUUUUGCUUACCCGGAUCACCCAUGACAAGAUCAAACGACUUUUCCGACCGCAGUUUGUAUCUCAUUCAGUGUGCCAUCCCCAAGGCUAUUGCGAGAAUCAAGGGCGAGAACGGCAAGGCACCUAUGGAGGCGAAACGUUUCCUGCUUGAUCUUAUGCGAUAUAACGACAAUCGCGGCAACGACUACAGCGAUGACCACUACAUCUCGACACUCAUGCGAUGCCUAGCGGAGUGUCUCAUCAGCAUUCCAUCCAAUGUUGUGACCGAGUUCGACUUUCGCGUACAGGCGGAAGACUUUGACUUCACCAAGAAAGCCAUUGAGGAACUUACGCGUCAUCAACGGCUGGAUGAGUGGAUUCCAACCUUCCAGAACAUCUAUACAACCACUGGUCUCGAUUGCUCGCUCAAACUGGUCGUAAACCGGGUCAUGCCCUUCAAGCCCUCAGAAUUUUCGCAAUAUGCUCAGCUUGGUAAUGCGGACAACGUGCGUUUGAAAGCUUGGGAAUGUCUUGUCCGAUUGGGUAUGCUUCGUAAGGACAGUAUGCUGAGGUUCAUGAUGCACGAAAUUCGAUCAGAUCCUUCACCUUACUUCCGGAAACAGCUGCUUCUCAUCUUCGACAUUGCUAUUGGGCAGAUCGCGACUGGAGACGUUUUCACGCCGAACAAGUCUCAGGAGGCCACAGGUGGCCUGGUCAUCGACCAGGAGGCUGACAACUCAGCUCGCGCGUCGAGUCUCGCUCGCCAGUCGCUGGCAGGAGCACUCAACGGCCUGAAACAGGACUUGGUGAACAACCAGACAUUGCGACUGGUGCUUGAGGAGGCCUUGAACUCAAAGACUAUCUCUCUCAGCGACAUGACCCAGCUCUUAGACUUUUGUGACAUGAUCUUCCGGGACCGCAGGAAGAAUUCUUUGCCUGUGAAGCUUCGCUUCCCACGUUACUGGAAAGUCAAGCAUCUUGGCCAAGCCCGACUGCAGUUCACUCAGACCGACAGGUACCGAACCAAGCCGCUGCACCCGCUGAUCAAAGAAGUCCGGCCUGCACCAGCACCAGCACCAGCUCCAGCUUCAGCUUCAGCUUCAGCACCAGUCUCAGCACCAGCCCCAGCAACGGUACCGGCACCGGCAGUGGUCGAACUACCCCAAGAGGUAUCUGUUCAGCCACCACCCGCGCCCAUCGUACCGCUGAAGAUUGCCCCACCGAAUGUCAAUGCGCCUCCGAAGCCGAAGCUGUCGCUCAAGUUUGGCAAAUCAAAUACCUCUGGAGGCGCGUCUUCCUCUCCUAUACCUUCUGUGCUAUCAAGGGCCCAACCUACCUUCUCUCCGCCCAUCAGACACGCUUCACCUGCUCCAAUGUCGGCACCAUCCUCGCACAAGGCAUCACCCGCGCCACAGCCGACAGUGGUCAAGCAGGAGUCGCCCCUUUUACCGCCCAAAGUUUCCAGUCCACCUACAGUUUCCCCACCAAAGAAAACUCCAACAUCGGCUCUUGUCGUGAAGACGCCGGUGCCAUUGCCAACUGCUUCACCAGCACCAGCCUCUUCGCCAGCAGCAGCAGCGGCUAAGCCGGUGCCAGCACCUGCACCACCGCGGCCAAAACCUACGCCGGUUAAUGUCCCGAAGGUGAUGUCGGCGCCGUCCCCCAUGCACUCCCCGAUCCCCUCUUCCGGUCCCAAGAUCAAAAUCAAGACCAAAACUGUGCCCGGUUCCUCAGCGCCCAACUCCCGCCCUUCGACCCCAGCACCAUCACGACCUAUUAUUGCACCACCACGGUCCAGCGCUGCGCCCGCUUCCGCUCCCAGACCCACAGCUGCCACGCCUGCACCACGGUCUACGCCCGUCCCUCCCAAGCAGGGCCAGUCGAAAGUUAAGAGGAGCAAGAUUGUCAAGCUCAGGCUGCCUCCUGACGUGCUUGCACAUUUCAAGAGUGGGAACAGCAAGAAGAGAAAGUUGCAGAGCGGUGUUGAUGAGCGACCGUUCAAGAGACAGAGCGUUGAGCCCAACGGGCUGGGCAAUGGAGCUGCUAACAGUGGCUUGGUGAAGGUGGAGAAAUCUGGCGGCGAGAAACCGAAAUUGAUCGUUAGGAUGAAGAUUGACAGGUUUAAGUUGCCUGAACCGUGA